AGUAAGUGAGGCCUCUACGCUGGUUUCUAUAGUGUAGUGGUUAACACGUUUGCCUUACAGUAAGUGAAGCCUCAGCUAUCAUGAGCCGCCAAUACAGCAGUGUUAGUUUUAGAAUUCAUAAUAAUUCCUUCUAUUACCACAAAAGAAAUGAAAACGUAGUCAUAUAUUUUUGAGUAAUAAAAAUUUGAAGGGUUACUUUAACAUAAGGGAAAGAAUGUUUCUACUUAGAGGGUGAAAAAAAAAGCGUAAUAAGGUUUGAAUCACAUAUUGACCCAGUAACGCAGACUUCUGAAGAUUUGGUGGCAGAAGCAUGAAGCAGAAUUAACGUAAUCAUGAAAACUUUUACUGAAUACUAUGUGCCUCUGCUAGAUAUUAGGGAUUAGACUGUUAGGAUGUUGUCCUUUCCAUGUGCUUUAGUAAUUGUGAAGUAGGCUAUAAAUAAGACCUUAAUAGCUAACAUUUGGAACAGACCAAACAUGGGCAGAAAUCCCAGAAGGUAAAGCUCAUUCUUUCUGAUGGGACAAUUUUUAAAUAUUUCCAAACCUUAAUAUCUAAAAAAAUUUUAAGUAUUUCUAUGCCAGGGCUUUCCUAUUGUACAAACUCAAUCCAACCUACAUAUAAUCCACCAUUUUUCUACUAAUCUCAGUGUUUCUGUCUUAUCGUAAGUCAGUCAAGCAGACUUCUGCAAUAAUGACUAAUCAAAACUUUUCUGCAGAUCCACUGGGACUUGGGUUUAUCUGGCAGUCCUCAAAUAAAUCCUUAAAGAACAAAAUGUAAAGGCAUUCUACACACUAGCAAAUGACAAUGGAAAUAAAGAUAAGAGCAGCAAAUGCUUCCUGCAAGAAUAAGCAUCACCAUCCCAGUAGCUUUAGAAGACUGAUGAUCAUUUAUUAUCUAGAAUCUUCACAAAAUCAAAUCACACUCAUCACUCCAAUGGCAUGCACAUUAAACUAUGUGCAUUGAAUUCCGGCCCUCGAAGAACAAAGAUGCCUACGGAUCGGAACAGAAAAUGGAAAAGGAAUCGCAAUGGAAAGUCAUGUAAGAAUACAAUUGCAGGCUACACGCCGCCCGACCGCUAGGAGCCACCCUCAACGAGCGUGCCCGAACGCCGCGACUGGCGCCGCCUCAUCGCCUCCCGCCAUCACUGACCAGCCGUUUCACCCGCAGCCAUGGUUGAAGCGGAUCGCCCAGGCAAGCUGUUUAUUGGGGGCCUCAACCUCGAAACCGACGAGAAAGCCCUCGAGGCUGAGUUUGGCAAGUAUGGCCGCAUCGUCGAGGUGCUCCUGAUGAAAGACCGAGAAACCAACAAGUCGAGGGGCUUCGCGUUCGUCACCUUCGAAAGCCCCGCAGACGCCAAGGCCGCCGCCAGAGACAUGAACGGCAAGUCCCUGGAUGGUAAGGCCAUCAAGGUGGCCCAGGCCACCAAGCCGGCAUUCGAGAGCAGCCGGCGGGGCCCGCCGCCCCCUCGCAGCCGCGGUCGCCCGACGUUCCUGCGCGGGACCCAUGGGGGUGGCGGCGGCCCACGGGGACCCCCCUCCCGGGGCGGGCCCGAUGACGACGGUGACUACCCGGGGGAUUUCGACCUGCGGCCCUCCAGGGCCCCGAUGCCCAUGAAGCGCGGGCCACCGCCGACCCCGCGCAGGGCCGGCCCACCGCCCAAGAGGGCCGCGCCUUCGGGCCUGGCUCGCAGCGGCGGCGGUGGAAUGCGCGGGAGGGCCCCGGCCGCGCGGGGUCGAGACGGCUACUCAGGCCCGCCGCCCCGGGAACCGCCGCCCGCGCGCCGCGCCCCCUACCUGGGCCCGCGAGAGGAGGGCUACUCCUCCAGAGACGGCUACUCGAGCCGAGACUACCGUGACCCCCGGGGUUUUGCCCGCUCGCCCCGAGAGUACAGCCACCGCAAUUACGGCCACUCCAGUGUGCGGGACGACUGUCCCUUGAGAGGCUACGGCGACCGAGACGGCUUCGGGGGUCGCGACCGUGACUACGGGGAUCAUCUGAGCGGAGGCUCCUACCGAGAGCCCUUCAAGAGCUACGGAGACCGGCGCGGUGCCGCCCCGGGGCGGGGGACCCCGCCAUCUUACGGUGGAGGAGGCCGCUACGACGAGUACCGGGGCUGCUCGCCCGACGCCUACAGCGGCGGCCGCGACGGUUACAGCAGCAGUUACAGCCGGAACGACCGCUACUCGUGGGGCCGAGACCGGGUGGGCAGACCAGAUCGUGGGCUCCCUCUGUCCAUGGAAAGGGGCUGCCCUCCCCAGCGUGAUUCUUACAGCCGGUCGAGCCGCAGGGUGCCCAGGGGCGGAGGCCGUCUAGGAGGCCGCUUGGAGAGAGAGGGAGGCCGGAGCAGAUACUAAGCAGGAACAGACUUGGAACCACAAGUCCCUUUUCAAAGAAACUAACAAAAAGAAGAAACUGUUAUGAUAACUACCCAAGGACUAGUAACUAUCCAGGGAAGAGUUGUUUUUACGUUUUAAAAUUUUCCUGUUAAAAUCUUCUCCAUUUUUAUGCUUUUCGGAGAAAAAUCUUAAAAUUCAUUUAGUUUUGGAGUUGUUAACGUUUCUUUAAACAAGCUCAUAUUAAAAGUCUAAAAAAAAAAAAAAAAAAAAAAAGAAUACAAUUGCAGAAACAGCUCAAUACAUUUGAAACAGAUCCGUAUAGUAACUAAGAAGGUAACAGCCGAGCCAUGUAGUUAAGAUGUACGCCUUAGAGCACACCUGAUUUUGGUCAACAUCGCUAAGAAAUUUCCAAGGUAACAAAGAAAGAGAGAGACUAUCCCUACAAAAUCUGAAAUGGUUAUUUGUUUAUGAGACAGGGUCUCACUGCGUCACCCAGGCUGUAGUGCAGUGGCACGAUCAAAGCUCACAGCAGCCUUAACCUCCGGUGCUCAACCUAUCCUCUCGCUGCAGUCUCCCAAGUAGCCAGGACUACAGGUAUGCACCACCACAGCCCGUUAAUUUUUGAAAUUUUUUGUAGAAAUGGGGUCUCCCUAUGUUGCCCAGGCUGGUCUCAAGCUCCUGGGCUCAAGCGAUCCUCGUGUCUCAGCCUCCCAAAGUGCUAGGAUUACAGACAUGAGCCACCGCACCCAGCCUGAAGUGUUUUUAAGAAAUGAGAACCUCUAGGACUUCUACAAUAAUCUUUGAAAUUGGCAUUUAUAAGCAUUACCUUAAAGAAAUUACCCUUUAAAGUUGGUAUAGAUAAAGAGCUGUAACUGCUAACUAGGAUCUGAAAAAAA